GUAGGAUAGACCAAUCGCCAGUUAGACCGCUGCUUCUAGCUCGAUUUUUGAAAGAAGAAAAUAUGGCGACAGAACGGGCCAAGUUGUUGCAGAACUGGUGCGAGGCUGCCCAGAAGGACGUUUUCCGCGCGUCUGAUGACGUGCAGAAUGCGGGAGACGCAGAGCGGCCCGCUGCAGUCAUGGUGCCCUACCUAGCGGACAACCGCAAGAAGCUGAAGAUGAUGCAGAUGCAGCUGUGCACUCUGGACCACAUGCUGAUCCUCCUGGAGACGGCUCAGCCCCCAGACCUCAUCAACAGCCCGCCAGACCACGACACAGGUGCGGACUCGCGGGCGCGUUUGGCAGCCCUGAAGGGGGCGUACGCCGAGGGUGUGCAGCGGGUGGAGGGACUCAUCGCCGCCCUGCUGGAGAAAGUGGAGCAGGCCAGCCACAAGAAGGAGCAGCUGGAGCAACUGUUACGGUCCCUGGAGAGGAAGAAGGAAGAGUGGGAGGAGAACCGGAGGAUGAAAACGCAGAAGGACAGGAAAGAGGAGAAGCUGGACGGGCUGAAGCUGCAGAGGCUGGAGGAGUCUCUGCAGGCCAGCCAGGGCGUGCUGCUCCAGAGUGAGCGGCGCAUCAGCCAGCUGGUGGCCCAGACCGACGCCCACUUCACCAGUCUGGACAGCUGGACCCUGCUGAGGGACGGGCUCCAGCAGUCGAUGCAGGCCACGCUGGGUCUGACCGGGUUCACGCUGCAGUACGUGGGGCCCCAGGAGCUCUGCUUGGAGCUGAUUCCCCAGGUGCACCGGCCUGACCUGGCCAGCCUGAAGCCCCUGCCCCUGUCCCUCACCUGGACCUCGGACGACGUCUUCAACAUCCAGUGCCAGGGGCCCGCGGGGAUUUUGGACGGGCCCCUGCAGGGCCCCCUGUCCCAGGUGAGCUCCGCCCUGCAGGACAUCAUGCAGCGCUACCUCAGCCAGGGCGAGAUGCUGGCGGAGAUCCAGGAGAUGCACUCCAGGUUUGCCGUUGACUGGCGCCCGGCUCAGAGGCUGCUGGUCUUCCUGAAAUCGGCCUCGGUGGUGUGCCACCUGGACGUGGGCGAGGGCUACCCGUCCGCGGGCUCUGCCUCUCUGGUGUCUGUGCGCGGGAAGCAGGGGCCCCUCAACAUCGACGCCCUACAGACGCAGGAUGAGGGCAUGACGAGGACCCCCCAGGCCAACCCCUCCCUCACACAGUGGCUGGAGUUCCUCAGCACCUGCCCAGACAUCUGA